UAUUGAAAAGGCAUGACAGAAGACACUAUUGCAUCCCAAAUCUUGGAACAACUUGAAUUGAUCUUUAGUAAAGAAAACCUGGCCAAGGAUAACUUUUUCCGGGAAAUGACAAUGCAGCAUCCUGAAGGAUGGAUCACGUUGAAAAAGUUAUCCAUGAUCAAAAGAUUCAAGGUUCUUUUGAAUGGAGAUGUGACUUUAUUCAAGGAAGCAGUAGAUUUGGCUCCUAGUCGGUUUGAAUUGAAUUCUGAACAAACCAGUCUUCGACCCAUAGCUAAAGAAGAAGAAGAAAAAGAAGAAGAACAAGAAAAAGAUACCAUGGAUGAAAAACGAAAAACACAUCUACUUGACCAUAUGCAUCAACAAAACAAACGAUCUAUUUAUGUGAAAGGGUUUCCUUUGGUACCUGAACCUGUCAAAAAAGACUUGGUGACAUUUUUUGAACCUUUUGGUCGUGUGAUCCAUAUCAAACUUCGACGUGAAGAUGACAAAUCUUUCAAGGGUAGUAUUUUUGUUGAAUUUGAAACCAAUGAAAUGGCUCAUGAUAUCUUGGAUAAAGAACUUGUUUACAAGGAGGAACCUUUAAUGAUCAUGAAUAAACAAGAUUAUGUUGAUAUGAAACGUCAAGAAAAAUUCGAUGGGGAAGAUUUUAUAUAUCAAAACAAUGGCAAACAUCGAAAACAUUAUGUUGAAUUUACAGGUGCUGAUGGAUUAGGAACCAAAGAUGUCAAAGAAAUAUUAGUCAAUCAUAGUUCCAAAACAAAUCGAUUUGAAUUUUUGAAUAAGUCCAGUGGUAUAGUACGACUUUGUGAUGAUAUGACACCAGAUCAAUUCCUUGCUACACUUGAAGAUGGUAACAAACUUGGACCUCUGACAUUCCGUUUGGCUUCAGAUGAGGCUCGUGCUAAAUUUGUGGACAAAGUAACCAAGGCUUUUGAUAAACGACACCGUGGUGGAAGAGGUCGUGGAGGAAAACGUAGCAAUAAUGAAGAUAGACAAGGCGAUGAAAAACGAUCAAAAUUGACUGCACCUGCCAUUCAAACUGCAUAGACUUUUUUUGACCAAAAUAUUCAUACCAUUUUUUCAUUUUUAUUUUAUUUAGUUAGUAUCAAUUUUUUAUAGACAUCAUCAAUACAUAAGCAUUGUUUCUAUUAUUAACAUUGGUACUUUUUUAAUGAAUCCAUGAUGAUUAGUAGUUUUUUUUUGGGGGGGAUGACUCGGGAGACAACACGAUCACCAAAAAAAAAUGAUUGGCAUAUUGAAGGAGUGAAAAAGGAUUUGUGUAACUUUGCCUUCCAGGGUAUGAGAAAUCCAAUCAAGAGACAUUUGAUUGAUGAUUGGUUCCCAUUGGGUUGGUCAUUUCUGUCUUCAGGUAAAGAAAACGGGUUUAAAGAACAAGAUUCCGACGAUGGUCGAUUUCCUUUUUUAACCAUUCAUCCUUCCUAUAGAUCAAAAAAAAAAAUAAAUAAAUAAA